UGUUACAGUUGCGUGUUAUUAAAGAUCGAAGUAAUAUAUUUCGCGCUUGAUCGAUCCCAAGAUUUGCUUUCUUUGCCAAGCUUCCGCAUUUUUUCCCAACGAUCGUUCUCCAGCGGGAGGAAAUCGUGAUUCAAAGCCAAGUUCACGGAGUAUCGAUAUCUUCCGUCUCGAUCGAAGUAUCGAUAUCGCCCGCAACGAGCGCGAAUUGCGCGACCUCUUCACCAUCCUUUGGCCCGUUUGUGCCCCGUUUUGGAGGCUCGGCAAUAGUCGGCGAUCCAAAUAAUCCUCGCGCGCGUUUAGCGGCGCGCGGUGCGACACUUUUGGACGCGCCGCUUCUUCGCUGGUCUUCGCACCGGCUAGCACCGCGACGUUAUCGCGUCAUUAUCGAUAACGAGGCAUAGCUCGAUCUAUCCGUCGGAUAUCGGCUGCAUUCGUCUUCUCGCUUUGAGUUGUUCCGCGGUGACUUUGGCUGGUAUUCCGUCCGCUAUUUGUAGCAACUCGUAGGCCGACGUAGGCCGACGUGUAGGAGUCAUAGGUAAUCGAGGAACGUCGUCGUCGACCCGUGGAACUGCACUGUGCUGCACCCUGCUGCACCAUCUUUUUUUUCUUUCUCUGACGCGCGUUCACCGCGUGUCCUGGGACUCCUGGGGUGCAAAAAGUGCGAGCGAGUCGCGAAACCGCUGAAAAAAAAGAGAGUCCCCUCCUGAGAAGCUUCUUGGACUGCAUGGUUACUGAGCCGUUUAGCGGCCGAAAUCGGCGAGUUGAAGAAGAAGAGAGAGAUUGGACAAACCCACCAGUGGUCCCCCUAAAAUCUCCCUUUCGGAAAUUCAUACAGGCCUUUUAAGAUCUCCCUACAUCCUGCGACCCCGACGAACGUCGUCAGCACCCUGAGACCGAAUCUCUUUCCCUCGACGCGAUGGAUAUCGACGCCGACACCUGUCUCAAGGAAUGGAACGAUUUAGCGCAAGACUACAAGGAACUCGAGGUACUAAAUAGGGAAUAUAUUUUGAAAUUAGAAGAAAUUGGUGAGCUGCAAGCAAAAUGCGUCAAAGGUAUCUCUCAUCAGAAAUAUCGAAUGGGUGUAAUAUCCAAGUCCUUAAAACAGCUAAAUACAAAAGAAACACGAGAAGAAUUGCGAAAAUCUAUGACUAGGAGAGAACAGCAGCUCAGGGAGAUUGAGCAAACGUUACCUAAAUCAAACGGCAUUUACUUACAAAUUAUUCUAGGCAGUGUUAAUGUCUCCAUAUUAAAUAAAAGUGACAAAUUCAAGUAUAAAGAUGAAUAUGAGAAAUUCAAAUUAGUGCUGUCAGUAAUUGGAUUCGUAUUAUCUGUAUUAAAUCUAUUUACCAAUAUAAGAACCUUAGAACUUAGUUUUAUGUUUCUUCUCGUUUGGUACUAUUGUACAUUAACGAUAAGAGAAAGUAUACUCAAGGUAAAUGGAUCAAGAAUUAAAGGAUGGUGGAGAUUUCAUCAUUUUCUCUCAACAGUGGUAUCUGGUGUUCUACUAGUCUGGCCGAAUACCGGACCGUGGUAUCAGUUUCGUAACCAAUUCAUGUGGUUCAACGUGUAUAUCAGUGUAGUCCAGUAUUUGCAAUUUCGGUACCAACGUGGCGUUUUGUAUCGGUUAAAAGCACUGGGAGAGAGGGACAACAUGGACAUCACCAUUGAGGGAUUUCAUUCGUGGAUGUGGCGUGGUCUCUCAUUUCUGCUGCCGUUCCUCUUCGCUGGUUAUUUAUUUCAGCUUUAUAACGCGUAUACGUUAUACGAACUAGCAUAUCAUCCGGAGGCGACAUGGCACGUACCAGUACUUAGCGCCAUGUUCCUUGUACUAUUUCUGGGUAAUAUCACCACCACCAUCAUGGUAAUCCCACAGAAACUCGUCAAGGAUCGCGUUAAGGAUCAACUGUUCGCUUUUAAACCCGAUCGCAGGAAAGAGAAAAGAACACGAGAUAAGGACAAUAAAGAUGAAAAAAGUGAGUGAAGGAAGGAUUUCGAGUACUUCCAGCUGAUGAAAAGUUCGACUCAAUUACAUGGAAAAUAAAUUGGAAGAAAAAUCGUAAAGACAAGAUGAAUACACUAUAUAAAAUAGUGUUGGUGUUGGCUCUAAAAUAUAACGAACACAAUACUUUGUUGCGUUUAGCAAGGAAGUAAUACACAUAUACACAUACACGCACACACGAUGUAAGUGACUUUGAUCACAAAUAAAGAAGUUUCCGCGUAUUUUUAAUUACUUUACUCUUGGAUAGUUUAUUAUCAAGUGUUCUUGAGAACAUUCUUUAUACUCUUUGAUCGUCCUGAAAUAAAUUUGCCUAAUUCCAACAAUAAGCUCUGCUCAAC